CGUCAGUGUUGCGUCCUCUUUGACUUCGUUUCUGAUCCACUAAGUGACCUAAAGUGGAAGGAAGUAAAACGAGCUGCUUUAAGUGAAAUGGUAGAAUAUAUCACCCAUAAUCGGAAUGUGAUCACAGAGCCUAUUUACCCAGAAGUAGUCCAUAUGUUUGCAGUUAACAUGUUUCGAACAUUACCACCUUCCUCCAAUCCUACGGGAGCGGAAUUUGACCCAGAGGAAGAUGAACCAACGUUAGAAGCAGCCUGGCCUCAUCUACAGCUUGUUUAUGAAUUUUUCUUAAGAUUUUUAGAGUCUCCAGAUUUCCAACCUAAUAUAGCGAAGAAAUAUAUUGAUCAGAAGUUUGUAUUGCAGCUUUUAGAGCUCUUUGACAGUGAAGAUCCUCGGGAGAGAGAUUUUCUUAAAACCACCCUUCACAGAAUCUAUGGGAAAUUCCUAGGCUUGAGAGCUUACAUCAGAAAACAGAUAAAUAAUAUAUUUUAUAGGUUUAUUUAUGAAACAGAGCAUCAUAAUGGCAUAGCAGAGUUACUGGAAAUAUUGGGAAGUAUAAUUAAUGGAUUUGCCUUACCACUAAAAGAAGAGCACAAGAUUUUCUUAUUGAAGGUGUUACUACCUUUGCACAAAGUGAAAUCUCUGAGUGUCUACCAUCCCCAGCUGGCAUACUGUGUAGUGCAGUUUUUAGAAAAGGACAGCACCCUCACGGAACCAGUGGUGAUGGCACUUUUCAAAUACUGGCCAAAGACUCACAGUCCAAAAGAAGUAAUGUUCUUAAACGAAUUAGAAGAGAUUUUAGAUGUCAUUGAACCAUCAGAAUUUGUGAAGAUCAUGGAACCCCUCUUCCGGCAGUUGGCCAAAUGUGUCUCCAGCCCACACUUCCAGGUGGCAGAGCGAGCUCUCUAUUACUGGAAUAAUGAAUACAUCAUGAGUUUAAUCAGUGACAACGCAGCGAAGAUUCUGCCCAUCAUGUUUCCUUCCUUGUACCGCAACUCAAAGACCCAUUGGAACAAGACAAUACAUGGCUUGAUAUACAACGCCCUGAAGCUCUUCAUGGAGAUGAACCAAAAGCUAUUUGAUGACUGUACACAACAGUUCAAAGCAGAGAAACUAAAAGAGAAGCUAAAAAUGAAAGAACGGGAAGAAGCAUGGGUUAAAAUAGAAAAUCUAGCCAAAGCCAAUCCCCAGGUACUAAAAAAGAGAGUAACAUGAAAACGCCCAGGGUUACUUGAAUGUUUUUAUAAGAUAGGAAUAUAUGUCUUCACCAUGGGGGGGUCUCGAUUUCACUAACGUUGUAUAUGAAAAUGUCUGCAAUAAAAAGUACUUUUAAACUUUGAAAAAAAAAAAAAAAA